AUGGAUUCCAGACCAGCUAUUUUAGAAUUUCUGAUCAUUCAACUUCAGGGUAAAAAGGGGAAACAGUUGGAAAGAUCUUCCAUGCUCGAAGGAACAAUCGUUAUUUCUUUGGACAUCCAAGAUUUUCCCCAGCGUGUGAACCAGUCCCACUGUGCUGCCAUUAAAGUACAAGGCUUAUUGCCUUUCUGCCAGAGUGGCGCCUUGCACGGAAGAGGGUGUCCUCAUGAAUCUCUGCAUACCAUGCCUUUUCAGCUUUCCUUUCAGCUGCGUGAGAAAUCCGAAGUCCUCAAGGAGGACAGUGCCACAUUGAAACAGUUCAUCCAUAGGACCAGCCUCGUGCACACCACGAUCAAGUUUCAUUACUGUGUAAAAGUUAACGGCAACAUCUCCGCUGAGACAUAUAGAUCAGAAUGCAAGGCUGUAAUCCCAUCCUGUGAUAACAUUCACCUUGUGACCGGUGGACGAGUCAGUCUGUUCAUCCCAGAUGAAUUAGUGGACAGAGGUUUCACAGGUGCCUUGAAUCUCCUACCUGCGGCGUCCCUCUGUCCCUGCCAGAAAUCUUUCCCUAACCAGCCUGCAAAGAUACUUGCUGCCUCUCCAUCAAUAUAUAUAUUUCUUUACGAUCCAGCUGGGCUGCCCAUACUGUUUUCUGCCGAGGAGAUCUCGUAUUCUUUCUUUGAAGAUCCUUCCCGCUUAGCAUCAUGGGGCAAAUAUGCCUAUCAAGCCACACUAAACCCAGCUGCAUCUUGCAAAACAGAUACAGCAAGACCUGAAAUCCAGUUUAACCUUCAAAGCAGUCACCGGCAGGAUUCAGAUGUUCAGGAACAGACACUGCUGCUCUUCCUUUUUUUUGGAUACGCGGAUCCGUUUCAGGACAAGCCAACUUUCAGUUCCUGGGACCGGCGGGUGAUUCUGUCCCAUCUCUCACCUAUCCUCUUCUGCAAUGAGCAGGCUGUGAAAAAGGCUACCCAAGGACUGGUGAAUGAAGUCCUGGAUCAACACUACAGAGUAUUCCAGGAGCAACAGAAGCUGGCCCGUUCUUUACCCAUCAUGGCCUCCGCCAUUUCCAGAAUCGUCUCGAGCAGCACCGACAGCGAGUUCCGAAGGAAGUGUAUCCAUAGCCUGCAGGUUGCAGAUACUCAUGAAUUCCAGGAAAGCAUCCAAGAGACUUUGAACAAAGUCAUUCUUAAUCAACGGAAGCCCAGUCAUACCUGUGAGAUCAAAAGGGUAAACGUUCUCUUCAAUACACUUCCUCUGUCCUGGUUCCCUCCUCUUAUCUUUGUCCAGCACCAUUCUGAUCCUGGCUGUUAA